ACCGUAAGAUUUAACCUUGACGUCAACCAUAGCAAAAAGUACAGAUAAUUGAAUAAAAUCUUUUUGGAAUAUGAAGACCUUACGUGUGGUUGUCCAUUCUGACCAUUAUUGAUUUUUUAAAGUCGCGUGGAGUGCCCAUAUUAGCAUGCUUGACAUUACCUUGACGCAUCAAGCAUGGUCAGUUUUAAAUUUUCGACUGAUUUUUCUACAGAAAAGCGAAGAUUAUCAAUUUAAUUGCCUCCCUGAACCAAUUUCAUGUCAUUUUAGUCUAGGUAAUGUUCCAAUUAAAUUAUUUUUGCCGUUUUUCAAAUUAAAGCUGAGUCAAGCCAGAUCAAGCUUGUAUCAAGCACGUCGGAACAAUCGUUCUUUCGCCUAAGUUCGUGUUUCAUUAUAUAGGUAUAUUUAUAAAAAAUUUAUUAAGUUUUAAUUAUUUAAUUAACUCGUUCGAGCACUCAUGCUCAUGCAGCAUGAUCGCGCGCGCUUACUAUGUUACACUCGCUGGCCGCGCCGUGGCGCGCGCGUCGCGCUACUGCCAGCUGCCGGUGCCGGCGAGGCUUGCUGUGUUUUGAAAACAAACAUCGAAACAUGACGGUUGGGACGCCAGAAGAAAGGACCGUCGGCCUCGUUUUCGGUGUUUCGCGAUGGACUGAGUGCACCAACGGAUCAUUAAACGGAUGAUGGAUACUGUACAAGGAGGCAGGUGUGUGCAUAUAAAAGUAUUUAUUUUGCUGGAAUGUCACUGCUUUGUGAACAACGUCGAUCUCUGUCGUCCGACAUUCUCCUCCUCGGAUGGACGAAAAUAUGGGAUGCACGGGAUGCACAACAACAACUGGACUGUGCCUCUUUAUGUAGGUCUGAAGGUUGAAUUCGAGAUUCCAAACCGUGCCAACUCAAUGAAUGACGACUUUUUGCUGGACUUGCAACACAAAACUUUCACGGAAACCAGUGUCUCGACGAGUUAUGCAGCAGAUGCCAGUCCGGAGGCCUGACUGCUCAACAGGAGGACAGAAAGAAGCUCUUCCUGCACACACAGGUGCUCCUCGUCGGAAAUGUGCUCCUCGUCGACAAGCCGCUCCUUGCCGACCAGGUGCUCGUCCUCAUCGACGGUGCUCCUCAUCGACCAGACGCUGCUUGUCGACAAGGCGUUCCUCGUCGGCAAGGUGCUCCUCGUCGACCAGCCGCUCCUUGCCGACCAGGUGCUCGUCCUCGUCGGCAAGGUGCUCCUCGUCGACCAGACGCUGCUUGUCGACAAGGCGUUCCUCGUCGGCAAGGUGCUCCUCGUCGACCAGCCGCUCCUUGCCGACCAGGUGCUCGUCCUCGUCGGCAAGGUGCUCCUCGUCGACCAGACGCUGCUUGUCGACAAGGCGUUCCUCGUCGGCAAGGUGCUCCUCGUCGACCAACCGCUCCUUGCCAACCAGGUGCUCGUCCUCGUCGGCAAGGUGCUCCUCGUCGACCAGACGCUGCUUGUCGACAAGGCGUUCCUCGUCGGCAAGGUGCUCCUCGUCGACCAGCCGCUCCUUGCCAACCAGGUGCUCGUCCUCGUCGGCAAGGUGCUCCUCGUCGACCAGACGCUGCUUGUCGACAAGGCGUUCCUCGUCGGCAAGGUGCUCCUCGUCGACCAGCAGCUCCUUGCCAACCAGGUGCUCGUCCUCGUCGGCAAGGUGCUCCUCGUCGACCAGACGCUGCUUGCCGACAAGGCGUUCCUCGUCGGCAAGGUGCUCCUCGUCGACCAACCGCUCCUUGCCAACCAGGUGCUCGUCCUCGUCGGCAAGGUGCUCCUCGUCGACCAGACGCUGCUUGCCGACCAGCCGCUCCUUGCCGAACAGGUGCUCGUCCUCGUCGACAAAAGUUGCUCGUCUCUACUCGUCAACUCCCCAGAUGUGGUGAAGAUAACAAUAUAAUAUAUGUAUUUCACAUGUUGUUAUAUGAAUCAAUAAAUGUGCGCGUAAAAAAAUAAAAAAUUAUCAGAAUUUUUUUUCAAAAAAUUCCCAAAAUUUUCAAAAAAAAGUCAAAAAUGCUAGAAAAGUGCCCUGAGAGCACCAGAGCCAUUUUUGAGAAAAUUUGACGUCAAGCUUGAAACAAGCUUAUAUCAGCGGACAUUAUCAAGACUGAUGUCAAGCUUGACGUCAAGUAAGAGUCAAGCUUGACGUGCUUGACGUUCAAGCUUGAAUCAAGCUUCAAUCAACGUUGACUGGUUACUAG